AUGAACCUGAAGGCAAUAUUAGUGGGGAUGAACCUGGUCUGGUUGCCCCGGGAUGGGGGGCGUCAGGAUUCAUGCAGUCAAACCUCAACCGACUGCGCCGCCAAUCGCCAGAGACUUUCUAAACACGGCAAUGAUGAUGCAUUGAUUUGGAGGGACCAGGAAAACAGGAACCACACCGACAAAUUUUAUUGAAUCUCGCCUAUCGGGCUGAGCACACAGGACGAAACAAAAAUCAUGUUGCCAUGCACGGAUCGUGGCCCCAAUCCGGAGUCUUGUCCAUGGAUGCGACGAGUUUUACCAGGAAGAUCGUCAGUUUGUCCUGCAAAUAGAAAUAAAAGUUGAAGAGAGGGCCGCUGAAGAUGAGAUGGACGUUGCACCACCGCGGAUCCGGCUUGGCUAUUGGACUCUAUUUUUUGCCUACUACUGCACAACUUCCCCC